GCGGAUUGCUUUCUCGUCUCAAAGCAUAUCUCCGAUAUUCCUCGUCAAUACCGGCGAAUGAAUAGAGAUAUGCCCACUAAGCCUUCUAGCUACGUUCCCGGACUCCUUCGCCCGCUUACCCAGUUUGCUGAUAUCCUUGGAAGAGUGGCCGAUUCUGUAAGCAAAUGGUCGUCCAGUCAGACUGUCUCUGAAGAUCCUUAUAAACCUGCGUAUCAAAAAAUUGAAUCCUUUCUGUCUCAAUUGCUAGUUGAUUGCGCAUCGGAAGUUACUAGAGCGUAA